AGGCCGUGCGCCACUGUGGCCGACGAGAAUAGUUUUUUCCAUUCGGCCUUCGGAAUUAGAGCCGCCGAGGGAGAAGCCUACUCCGAUAAACACUAUAAAGUUAGGCGCAUGCGCUGGGCUGCAUUCCUGACUUAUUUCGAAAAUGAGGAAAUACCGGUUGUUCUAGCAGAUAUACUGAUUGGAUGUUUCUCAGCAAAAGAUGCAUACAAGCACAAAUCUAUCAGAGAUAAAAAUCACUUUGAAAGUUACGUACGUGACAUUACGAUGGCGGGGCAACCUGUUACCAAACAAGAAGUACCCAUUCUGUCGACAUUGGAAAAUAUAAGAAUCGUAGUGUUAUCAAAUGAAGGACGGGAUCCAGUUGUAACUGUAAAUCCCAAUAUUGAAAUUCUGGGUGAUUAUUCGAACGUUGUAGAAAAGAGCAACGAGGAAGUUGUCUUGUGUCUAGAAGGAAAUACGUUUACCAGGCUUGAACUUGUCGGCGAAGACUCUACCUCAAAACCUUUAAGAGUCAUCAAGAACAUAACCGCCAAAGAACACUUGCAGCAUCCUACCAGUUGUCUUCUAAGAUAUAUGAAAGGUGGGAGUGCUGGGAGCAAAGGCGUUGAAUUCCAAAUCAACUUGCUGAUGGUUCUCCUGUUCAAUUCUCUGAGGAAACUCAAAGACUGGAAACUGUCUACAGAAAAUAAUAAAGCAGGGAAAUUUGACGACGCAAUUCUGGAGUUGCCAGAGAGUGCCUUUUUGAUCCAAGCCAAAAAUAAAGAGAAAACGAAUUCGAAGAUAACCUUAAAUGCUCUGCUUUCCACGAAUCCAAAUAAUUCUUUCAGCUUGCCCAAGUAUUUUCUCUCAUACCAAGAAGUGAAAAGUCAAUUUAAAGGGAAGAAUACCAUUAUAAUUUGUACCAACGCAGGUUUCGAUAAGACGGCCUUGGAAUUUCUAGACACCCGCAGGAUUUGCACUGAAAGUGUGCUAUAUUGUGCUGAUGACAAUUGUUCAUCUCAUACAUUCAAUCUAAACAUUUUGAGCCGUUUAAAACGAAAAAUUGAAAUAUACUGUCAGGACAAAAAUAUUGACCAAUCGGUAAACACCGAUAACAACUUGAAGGAUUUUUUGAAACGUUUACAAUUUUAUUCCAAUUACCCGUUGGGAAAUAAUAAUAAAGACAAAGACACUGAAAUAUUAGUGUCUCUUCUGAAUUGUUCUGGGAAUUUUUAUGGCCAUAUAUCAUGUUCGGAAAUAUACGCUAAAUUAAUGAAGUGGUUUCAGCAGAAACACGGCAUAUACUUAACUGAGACUACCGCUAAUGCUAUGUUUCUUGAAAUAAAAAGCGACCAGUACUGGCAAAAGUUGGAUAAGUAUGGCGUGUCCUUCCAAGGACAUUUGUUGAAUGUCCAAGACAAAACGCAAUUGUAUUAUGUUAAUGCUGAGGGAGGAUAUGUGCUCCAAGAAUUGAGAAUUCAUCAUUCCUUGAGAAAAUACAAAUCUAAAAUCCUCUACGCCAGUCCCGAUGAUGGUGGUAUCGAAUUACAAAAAAGGGCAAUAGAAGCAUUCGAGCUACCAUGUCAUACCUUUCUAAUAUUCUCUUGGCCUGAAGAUGGUCUAGAAGAAUCUGUAGUGGCCGAAAUAUGUGACAAAUUAAGAAACACCUUAAAUCAGUAUGAAAAGAAGAAAGUUAUUCUGGUGGCUAAGAGUGAUAAAUUAGUUCAUCAAAUUGGACUAAAUAGAAGCGUUUGUGGUAUUAUCGAUGAAUCUGUAACUUUCAAAGACUUUUGUCAGGUUUCUCAGUCUAAAUUAUUAAAGGAAAAAGUAGUUUUUCAAGGAAAAGAAGUUAGCUUAGAAGAAUUACUUGAAACACAAACCGAUCAGGAUAAACUAUGUCCAGAAACAUUAGAGAAAUUAGUUCAAGGAGAACAAAUUAAAGUUGGACGUGCAUUGGACGAACACAUCGUUGGUUAUUACAUUGAUCGCAGUUUUAAGAGAGAAAUACAGAAGAAUGAGGAUGAAAAGGAAGUUGGUAACAAGAAAAUAGAACUUAUUUUGGAGAACAAAAUGUAUGAAGUGAAAGAUAAAGUAAUAUUGAUCUCUGAUGAAGCUGGAAUGGGGAAGAGCACGAUCCUUUCCCAUUUAGCAAAAACAAUUAAGGACAAAUAUCCUCUUGUAUGGGUCAUACGAAUCGAACUCAAGGACUACACCAGGAUUUUGCAGAAAUUGAAAGAUAAAAAAAUAGUAGACAUAAUAGAAUUAUUAGAUUCUAAAGACGCAACUAAACUGUCGAACCAAUUGGAGAAGGUUUUAUUUUUGACGAACAAGAAAGUUGUCAUUAUGAUCGACGGGGUGGAUGAGAUCAGCCCCGAUUAUACGGAGCUGGUGAUAGGACUACUUGUCCAAUGCCAAAAAGGAGCUAAUUUUGACAAAGUGUUCGUGACAACGAGACCAAAUAUGAUCCAAGAAUUGGAAUCAAAGCUGCAAGUGAAAUCUUUUUCGUUACUCCCGUUUACAGAACGCCACCAAAUACAUUUUCUUACAGAGUAUUGGGCGCAUAAUUUGGAAUUAGAUAGUAUCAAUAAGAAGAAAUGUGAGGAAUACGCUAAAAUACUGCUCCAAACAACAUUGUCUUGUACAACUUUGUACCAACAGGGUGAACAUCACUUUGCCUCAAUACCGCUGCUGUUAACAAUGUUAGCAGAGAUAUUUGAGUCAAGCGAUAGGUUAGAAGAGUCGAUGGACUGGGAAGGAUGUAAGGAAUAUUUAAAUGGAAGCAGAUUAACACCAAAAUUACAGGAAAAAAACAGUAUCACAAAAAUAUACAAGAUGUUUAUUGAGAAGAAACAAAUCGUCUUCAUAAACAAGGAAAAUCCAAGUGGAAAGACGGGAGCGCAUAAAGCGCUCGUCUAUCAAUUCGAGACGUACCUUGCUUACCAUCGAAUUCUCGCCUUAGAAGAGAUUCUAGAUGAAUCGGAAUGUAAACUUUUAUCGCAAUAUCAGCAAGCGAAUAGAAAUAUGGAUGCGGAAACGGUGUCGAAGAUCGGUAUUGUACAAAAGUCGGAGAACAGUUUCCAUUUCGUUCACAGAACUUUCGCGGAAUACUUUGUCGCGGAAAGUCUUUUAAGCGAAUUGAAACUCCAAAUGGCAAAUCAAAAUGAAAACUUUCAAAAAUUCUUCUUCGCUGAAAUAUUAUUGAAACCAAAAUUUAAAGUAGUCCGUGCCUUUUUCGACACUUUUCUAAAAGAAAUCGUACACGAUUUACCUUCUACUAUUUUCGACAGUUACCGAUUUUUAAGAUAUGAUGUUGAUUUGAAGUCGAACUAUCAAUUAAUUCACAGCAUGGUUAAAGAUGGAUGCGUAGAGAUUCUUCGACUACUUUUUAAAUGCAUAGAUUUCGAAGUUGUUGCAGAUAAAGCAAUACCUAUUAGUCGUAUGGAGUAUGAAAUACAUAAGUACACCUAUGCAAACACCCUGAUUGUUUUAGAUUUUCUCGACGUUAACAGGAAAGACAAAAACGGCCUCACCGCAUUUCAUUAUGCCGCCCAGGAGGGUCAUUUGAGUGUUGUUAAGCAUCUCGUGGAACGCAAUGCUGAUGUCAAUAUUCCAGACAACAAAUGUCGUACUCCUUUGCAUUUAACAGUUUUGAAGUGGAAGACAUUCUCUAUAGACUAUGGCAUAUAUUUUUAUGACAUGAAGAGCAUUGUAAAAUUCUUGAUCGAGCAUGGCGCUGAUGUUAACAGCAGAGAUUCCAAUGGCGACACCGCUGCUAUGAGAGCUAAGAGAACCGGCAAUUGCCAGCUGCUGCGAUACCUGAAUCCACAAACGGUUUAA